CUUCGAAUUGUUUUUACCGAGCUCUCAGCUUGAGUCUGCAGUAGGACUAUUAUUUGAUCAUAUUUUUACGUACUAUUUGGCUGAAGUCUAUGCCACUUGUAUUCUACUGACUGUAAAUGGUUCAACGUUUCUUCGAAGCUUAUCAAUAACGGAUAACCAUGCAGUGGUGUCGAUGGAGUUGGAUGUUUCCCGUGCAUCUCCCUACGAUUCGCGCUUAACAAUAGGCAUUGAUUUAGGGUGUGAUUCUUUCAUAAUGGAUCGUGAAACUGCGGUUACGUUUUUGGACACAUUUAUUACGAGUCAUGAUUUUGCUCGAUAUAAGAACCCCAUAAAACCGAUUAUCAUACUACAGGAUCCAUCCGUUACGGAUGCUCGCGAUAAUAUCGAUAGCAUUCGGAAACAUUCGGUGCUGUUAUUUGAAAUACCUCGAGUGUUGAUGCUGGAAUUUCGAAGUAAUCAAAUUUUACUGUGGACCCAUCGGUUCGUAUCAUUUUUGGAAGAGGCAGAAGAGCUCGUUCUUUUGGAUACGUACUCGCUGGAGAACGGGUCAUUUUCGUCAAAUGCUGAUCUUUUCCCGGACAAAUCAAAAAAUUUGAAUCGGAAAAUGUAUCGUUUGGCAAGCUUCCUAUUGAUUCCACAUUUUACAUUUACGCCAAUUACUGGGGUGCCGUGGAUGGCAACGUACCAAAAUCAAACGGUUAAAAUUAAUGGAAUGGGUGGUUUGAUAAUGGUGGAGUUCUGUCGCAAGCAUAAUUGCACGUGGGAUAUUCAAAUUGAUCAAAUCGGUCAAUGGGGUACGCUUUACGAAAAUGGAACAGGGGAUGGCAUUAUGGGUACAGUCUACGAACGUAGAGCAGACGUUGGUGUCGGGUCACUUUUACUAUGGGAGAACGCUUACUGGCACUUGGGAUUCACAUCCCCCAUCCGCAAAGUUGGAAUCUCAUGCAUUGCUCCACGACCGCGCAUGAUCCCAUCGUGGCAAACCAUAGGCUUUGUUUUUGACCUAGAAGUCUGGAUCGCUGUUUUAGUUUGUAUUGUCUGUUGCAUAGCCACGUACGCUUUCAUAUCGCAUGCCAAUCCUAUUUGCGACGCUAGAGGAGUGAUCUGGAAUGCAAUGAACGUUUGGGCAAUAGUUCUUUUUCAAGCUGCAAAUAUUUUACAUCAAUCGGCUGCACAGGGUAUGCUUUCGAUCGCUUUGGUAAUUUUUGCCAUCAAUUUAGGAAAUAUUUUCGCGGGAAAAAAUGCUAGUUUAAGAACGUUUCCACUAUUCGAACCUCCGAUCGAUACAUUGCAGGAAUUGGCCGAUAGGGGUAUUACCUGGGUUCAAACUCACGAAGCAUGGAUACAUUCGCUACAGACUCCUUAUAACGUUUAUUUGCGUAAGAUAAGAGAUAAUUUCGAGGUACACAAUUUUCUGGAAAUGAAAACGCUUGCUGACGAGGGUCGCGUUGCCAUCGGUGUCAGUAGACUCAACUACGGUCACUAUUUGAUAGGUGACUUCAUAACGGAGGAAAAUAUUAUGUUGUACCGGUUGAUGCAGGGCGAUCUGUACCACGACUAUGAGGUAUCGAUGACCACCAAGACCUGGCCAUUUCGAGAGCAACUGUCCGAUUUGAUUCUGCGUAUCGUGGAAUCUGGCAUUCGUUCGUACCAGGAACCCAUUGUUGCACAGCAAACCAUGAAUUUUAGAGUGCAAACAAAGAUCUAUCAUUCGCGGGACAGAGAGCAAACGCCGCCAACGCCGAUGGGUUGCGGUGAUUUGCUAGGCGCUUUUAUGCUUCUUGGAGGUGGAAUAGUAUGCGGAAUGUUGGCGUUUCUUGGCGAAGUGUUGGGAAAGUAUUGGAGGCAGCGCAAAAUUAAUGGGUACGUUAAGGGAUUUAUUUGGUGAAGAU